CACGCGGGGUGAAUGUCAUCAGAGAGCCGCGACAGAGGCAACGUGUUUGCAGAGUGAAACGAGCCCUUGUUACACUGGGAACUGCAUGCCAUUGUAGAAAUACCCGUAGGACUCUAUGCAAAUGGCUUGUUAUUUCCGAAGGGCGAUAGCAUCGCAGCUCUCCCGGGUUUUGGGACCACCAGAGGAGACGUUUAUUACAGCAGUGUCAGCUGUCCCUGUCUCCAAAAAACGGCAAUCUGCUGACUUCCGAGUCUCUGUGAGCGCCCUCAUAGAGCACGGCUGUAUCGAGUCCUCAGCAGAUAUCCAGGCUCAAACAGUGGAGCUGGCACAGCAGCUGAGAUGUGACGCUGUGGUGGAUGAGAUUGGCAUUGGCCAUGGGACAAUACAUUUUAAAAUAAACAGAAAUCUCCUGGCAGAAAGAAUUCUUCAGAAAGUCUUUAACGAUGGUCCACAUUUUGGGGUCAAAAGUGAGCUUUUCCAUCAGCGUCCAAAAGGAAGAACUGUGGUGGAAUUUAGCUCACCGAAUAUUGCGAAAAAAUUUCAUGUGGGCCACUUACGCUCCACUAUAAUUGGUAACUUCAUAGCGAACCUGAAAGAAGCUCUGGGCAAUUCUGUAACAAGGAUCAAUUAUCUUGGUGACUGGGGCAUGCAGUUUGGUUUGCUGGGAGCUGGUUUUCAGCAGUUUGGCUCAGAAGAACAGUUGAAAGCGAAUCCCCUACAGCACCUUUUUGAUGUCUAUGUGCAAGUCAAUAAGGCAGCUGAAGACGAUGAGAAUAUAAAGAAUAAUGCGCAGGAAUUCUUUAGGAGGCUUGAAAAUGGGAACAACCAGGCUUUAUCACUCUGGCGACACUUCAGAGAAAUCAGUAUUGAAGAAUAUGCCAGAAUCUACAAGCGUCUAGGUGUGCACUUUGGGCAGUACUCUGGAGAAUCUCUAUACCGGCAGAAAUCUCAGGAGGUGUUAAACCAACUGGAAGCGCAUGGACUCCUGAGGAAAACAGAGAGAGGUACUGGUGUGGUUGAUCUCUCCCCAGCCAGCAACAUGUCGUUCUAUGCCACCGUGGUACGAAGUGAUGGGACGUCUCUUUACAUAACCAGGGAUAUUGCAGCUGCUAUCGAUCGAAAGAAUGCAUGGAAUUUUGACGAGAUGAUUUAUGUGACGGAUAAAGGUCAGCAAACCCAUUUCCAGCAGCUGUUUCAAAUCCUGAAGGUGAUGGGAUAUCAGUGGGCUCAACGCUGCCAGCAUGUCCCCUUUGGGUUGGUUGAAGGGAUGAAGACCCGGAGAGGUGAUGUUGUCUUCCUGGAGGAUGUGUUAGAUGAGGCUCGCGCCAGAAUGCUGCAAAACAUGAGCCUGUCCACAACAACCAAAGACUUGGAGGACCCAGGAGACACUGCAGAAAAGGUGGGAGUUAGCGCUCUUAUUGUCCAGGAUUUUAAAGGACCUCUUCUCUCUGAUUACAAGUUUGACUGGGACAGGGUUCUGCAAAGCCAAGGAGAUACAGGGGUGUUCUUGCAGUACACACACGCCAGACUGUGCAGUUUGGCGCGCCUGUGCGGGGCUGGAGGUGGGGAUGAAGUGUCUCUGAGAGCAGCUUGUUUGCAGGACCCUCCUGCUACGGUGAUACUGCAGCACAUUCUACGGUAUGAUGAGGUGCUCUACCAGUCUUCUAAAGACCUUCAGCCCAAACACCUUGUCAACUUUCUCUUAACACUCUGUCACCUGGUAGCUGUUGCUCAUAAAACUCUACCUGUGAAGGGCAGCUCCUCUGAAGUAGCACAGGCGAGACUGCAGCUGUUCAAGGCUACCUGUGGUGUUCUGGCCAAUGGUAUGAGACUCCUUGGCAUUACACCGGUUGAGAAGAUGUGAACCAGAGAUGCCAGCUUCCAGUUCAGUCAUUUAAACCUAGUUUUACAAAUGCCUUUAUGAAUAAUACUAAAUUAAAGUUUAUCUACAAUUGUGCCAUAUUGUCCUUAAUUUUCCCAAUCCUGUUUGGGGACGGGGAGGUAAUGAGGGGAGCAGAUCCAAGCUCAGGUGAGAGGAGACAAGCAUUCGUCUUUAAUUUGCUCACGCCAACAGUAUUCAGUAUGCCGGCUCUUUCUGUAUAGAGCAAAUAGUACUGGGACAAACGCAGGAUUUUCACGUUCGGAUAUUAGCUCAUAAUUUAAAUAUUUGUUCAGCUAUUAGUUUGUUUCUCAAAAAGUAAUAAAAGCCAUUGUAUUGCUCUUUACAUAGGCUAAGACGACACAGCAGCAGGGGCAGGGGGUGUGUGCCUUUCUUUUACAGCAAGACCUUACAAUAUGUAAUACGUUCAAAAAAUAUCCCAGGAGUAAAAUAAUAAGUUAUGUAGGACUUUACCCCAGUGAAUUAACUACAAAACAAAGAAUGCCAGAUAGCAGUUCAAAUUAACCCUUUGUUUAUUCCUGAAAUAGUACAUAAAAUGCAUUGUCAACUUCAUUUUUUCCAUUCCUUACCAUUGCCGUUUCUUCGCAGUAAGCAGUGGCCAUCGACACAUUGGCUUGAUUCAUGCCAAAGCUGCCCGAUUCCAGCCUUGCUGCAGCCCCCCCAGAUCAUCACCGA